GAUAUAAUUCAAUAUUCAUAGAUGGAGAUAAAACAAGGAAAAGAUCAAAGACUAUUUGAUGCUGCAAAGGAAGGCAAUGUUGCCUCUUUGAAUAGGCUAAUCCAAGAGGACCCUCUCAUACUAGAUCCUUACACCAUCUAUACUUUUCACGAAACCCCUUUACACUUGGCUUCUAUGUUUGGGCACUUGGACUUUGUCAAAUCGAUUCUAGCUCUCAAGCCUGAGUUGGCUAAGGAGCUCGAUUCGCGAAGCUUGACACCUCUCCAUCUUGCAUCAGCCAAAGGGUACAUAGAAAUCGUGAAAUCUUUGCUACAAGUAAACAAAAACAUGUGUUUUGCACUUGAUCAGAACGGGAUGAAUCCAUUACACUUGGCAGCAACAAAGGGUCGUGUCAAUGUUUUAAGAAAGCUCGUUGAGGCUGAACCGGAGGCAGCUAGGGUCAAACUAGAUGAGGGAGACACAAUCUUGCAUAUUUGUGUGGAGAAUAACAAGAUGGAGGCUUUGGAAAUGUUGGUGCAAAGGGUUGGGGAUAAAGAGUUUUUGAAUUCAUUUGAUGCUCAUGGUAAUACUAUUCUACAUUUGGCUGUGGCUAAUAAGCAACUUGAGAUUGUAAGAUUUUUGGUUGGUAACACCAAUAUAGAGGUUACCACACAAAACUCCUUGGGCCUCACACCAAUUGAUAUUUUAUCUCAUAGUAGAAGACAUGUCAAAGACAUGAGCAUUUUCGAGUCUCUCCAAUCUCGGGGAGUAGAAAACAAUCAAGUUAUUGGUUCCCAUAAUUCUCAGUUUUCGAUUAAAUCGACAAGCUUAAGAAAGAAAGACAUGAAUCCUGGUAUACCAAGUGAAUUAAUGUUGUCUGAUAAAGAGAUAAAACGAGAAUGGGUGAAAAGAAAAAAAGAAUCUUUAAUGGUGGUUGCCUCUCUAAUUGCCACAAUGGGUUUCCAAGCUGGAAUAUACCCUCCUGGCGGUGUUUGGCAAGAGGACAAUGAUGGGCACACUGCGGGAUUAUCUGUACUGAAAGACAAAAACAAGGAUAGCUAUAUGAUAUUUUUAAUAUCGAAUACAAUAGGAUUCACAUCAUCUGUGAGUGUGAUAUUCAUGUCGAUAAGUGGAUUACCCUUUCGGAAUAAAUUGAUCAUGUGGCUACUCAUGAUGAUCUUAUGGGUGGCAAUCACUGCCACUGGUUUUACUUACAUGGUGGCAUUGUUUUUCUCCACCAGUAAUAAAGGCAAAGAUAUACUUAAUGACACUGACACUAAGGGUGGAGAUAUUCUAUUUUAUGCUGUAACUGCUUGGAUGGGGUUGAUGGUCCUUCUUUUCGUCGCGCACACAAUUCGCUUAAUUUAUAUUAUUAUGUCGAGGAGACCAACAGUUGGGAAUAAAAACAAGAAGAUGAGUGAUCAUAGAGUCAUUCAAGUUUGAUAUAUAUCUUUCAUCAUCUUACUAUAUAUGAAGAGUGUUCAAAUUAUUUGAUCAAUUACUUGAUAGAUUAAGUUGAUGUUUUAUUUCACUAUGUAUUAUCAAUGUUACUAUCCAAUGUCAC